AUGAUAGAGAGGGGCAUAUUGAUGUCUGCGCAGACGCUAAACUAUCCUCCAUUUCUUACUGGUGAUGCCUUUAGAAAGAAGACUCAGACUCGGUGCAGAGAGAGAUUAAACUCAAGCACAGGUUUACAGUUAUCUUCUGAAGAGAAUGGAAACUAUGCAGAACCAGGUACUUCACUUGUGAGAUGUGAAAGCUCUGGUUCUCUGUUAAGCCAACCAAACACUGUUGGUGUUAUAGGAGGAGUGUCAGUUCUAUCAACUCUGAUUUUCUUGGAGAAGCUUGCUUGUUGGGGUUCAAGAAAUGGUAGAGAAUGCCCACCUUUUGUUGUUUCCAGUGAUCCUGUGUUAAGCAAAGUGCUUUCAUUUCGUGGUCCCCUCCCUUCUGCAAGGAGCAGAAUUGAUCGUAUCAAAUUGAACCAGGACCUUCUGAUUGAAAAUUUGAGGAGCAAAAGGAACUUUCUUCAGCAGUCUGGAGCUCAAGGACUAGCCAUGCCUUGUCAUCUCUCACACGCGUGGCACAGUGAAAUUUCUGAGGAUAGUUCCCUACCCUUUCUUCAUGUUGGUGAUUGUGUGGCCAUGGAACUCAAGAACGCCAAGUUGAAACCAAUUCAUGCUGCUGGUACUGUAAGGAUUGGACUGCUGACCAUGGAUUCCGUUUUUGUAGCUACUUAUUACCAGGAGAAACUUCAAAGUCAGGGAUUUGAAGUAGUGCUGCUAGAUAAAGCAACCGAGGAGCAUGUAUUGGCUCCUGCACUGGAGGCAUUGUACAGAAAGGACAUGGAAGGGGCAAGAAAUUUAUUGAGAAUUGCAAUCCAUGUUCUUUUGGUUAGGGCAGUGAACGUGGUGCUUCUGGCAUCUGAUGAUUUGCUGGGGGUUCUCCCUCACAAUGAUCCUAUUCUCAGGAAAUGUAUAGACCCCAUGGAUGCUUUGGCCAGGUCAAUUAUACAUUGGGCAGAAACAACAGCACAGGUGCACAAGAAGUUAUAG